UUUGUAAUAAUAUUGAACGUGUCACGGACACGACACGAGCUCGAGGAGACCGAGAGUGAUGGACAUGGAGAUGGAGAAAGGAGGAGACGACGCAUCGUCUCCGGAUCCCGCCACCAUCACCGUCCACCUCAAAUUCUCCGGUCGCACGCUUCCGCUCUCCGUCUCCCCCGACUCCACCGUCCGAGACCUCAAAACCCUAAUCCAGCCCCUCACCAACGUCCUCCCCCGCGGCCAGAAGCUCAUCUUCAAAGGAAAAGUUCUCGCCGACGAUUCAAGUCUAAGGGUGCAGCAACUCACGAAUGGAUCCAAAUUGAUGCUAAUCGCUUCUCAAGGCCUGCAUCAAGGGGAUGGUCCUGUUACCAAAGAUGCCGUCACUUCACCAUCAACCAACACUAGGGCGGAGUUGGAUGCCAAAAAUAGCCAAAUCCAUAAAGCUCAGACUGUAAUCGUUAAAAGUCGGUCUGAACGUUGGAGAUCAACUGGUGUUGUAGCCUUGUCAGAGUGCUAUCUGAAGGCAGUACCUGAAGAAGUCUGGGCUUGUGGUUCCUCAAUACGAGUAUUGGACAUCAGCACCAACUCUAUUCAAGAUAUUCCUAUUAAGAUCAGUGCUCUAAAAUCUUUAAAUAAAUUAAUUAUCAAUGCCAAUGGUUUGUUGGAUGAGAACAUAAGUUGGGAAGGUCUAUCAUCACUUAAGGUUUUAACUCUUCUUUCUCUCAAUCAAAACCAAUUAACUACUCUGCCCUCCACGUUGGGUUCACUGACAUCUCUUCAUCAACUGCAUAUUGCUAAUAAUAAACUGAAAAGCUUACCAGCUGAAAUAGGGUCUCUGUCACAGCUUGAAAUUCUAAUAGCAAGCAAUAAUAGGAUAACCUCGUUGCCUUCUUCUGUAGGCAAUUGUUGUUCUCUUAUUGAGAUUGAUUUAUCAUGCAAUCUUCUGGCUGAGCUACCAGAAACACUUGGAGAUAUCUGCAAUUUGAAGGCUUUGCAUCUGAGGAACAACGGUAUUAAAUCUCUACCUUCAACAUUAUUCAAGAUGUGUUCUCAGCUCUCUACUCUUGAUCUCCAUGGCACAGAAAUCACAAAUGACAUUCUUCGGCAGAUUGAAGGAUGGGAGGAUUUCGAUGAGCGCCGUCGACUGAAGCAUCAGAAGCAACUCGAUUUCCGGGUGGGAUCAUCAGGAGUAUUCGAUGAAGGUGCUGAUGACAACCGGCACUUGUAGCUUUCACAUUUUUCAAAAGCUUUCAAUUGUGUUGAUUGUGAAAAAAUAUUCGGAUAAAUUUCCAUAAUUAGUGGGCAGUAGUGCACGAAUGGAAAUUACUUUUGAGUGCUUGUAUUUUAUUUCAAAAUUGAAGGAAAAAAUGAUUAUUUUAAAAGUUAAUUUUAUCAACUAUUGUACAUGCA